UCUCUCUCUCUCUUCUUUUUUUUCUCUAUUUUUGAGAAACUAGAAAAGUGAUUGGCUAUCGCGUUAUCGUGUUGUGUAGAAGGCUUAAAGCGUCUGAAGGCGUUUCAACUGUCAAAUUAGCUAACUUCAAAAAAGAUCACAAGGUCGAAUGUGCCGGGAAAAUAUUUGUAGAAUUGAAAGUAACGCAAACAAGAAAUAAGUUGAUUUAUGGUUAAAAUAGUUUAUAAAAAUUAAGGUUAUAUAUUAUAUCGUCUAAACUUGAUACUUGAUAUAUCAAAUACUCUUCCUCUUUUGUCAAUUGUUUUAUAGGUUAUGUUUGUAAUUUAUGUAUUUUAAAUAUCUAUCUUACAUUUCAUUAAAUAUUUAAAAUGGUGUCAACACGAGGGCCGAAAUUCAAAUUUUCUGACGGAGAGAAAGUAUUAUGUUACGAGCCAGAUCCCACAAAAGCAAAAGUGCUAUAUGAUUCGAAGGUCCUUGAUGUCAUUGUAAAUAAAGAUCAAAGAGGUAGAAAAGCUGUAGAAUACCUUAUACACUUCCAAGGAUGGAAUUCAUCUUGGGACCGUUGUGUGACAGAAGAAUAUGUGCUUAAAGACACAGAAGAAAAUCGACAGCUUCAACGAGAUUUAGCACAAAAAGCGCAGCUUCAACUAGGUGCUUAUUUGUAUCGUCGUGAACGCAAGAAGAGAAGUCAUAAGAUGUCGGAGCGCUUAACAGAAACAGAACAUCAAGAACCUCGUCGUAGAGCAAGAAGUGGUGGUAGCCGAGCGACAUCAGCUACAACUGGAUCUUCCGAAGAUGGUAGUUCGGGUCAGCAUGCUGAUUACGAUACAGAGGAAGUAAAUACAGAAGAAGAUACAGAAAGUAGUUCUGAUUACAUGGGUGAAACAAGUGACGAUGAAGAUAGUGGUGGAGGUAGCCAGUCUGGAGCAAGUAUGAAACCAGGAGUUGAUCUUGAUAUAGGUAGUACAUUAAAACGGAUUUUGGAGUUGGACUAUGAUUUAAUAACUAAUAAAAACAAGCUUGUUGUACUCCCUGCACAACCUACUGUGAUAAAUAUUUUAGAAUCUUGGGUACAGCAUUUUACCACAACGCAGUUGACAAAUAUUCCAGACAAACCUCAACGAAACAAAACGAAUAAUACAAUAGAAAAGACAGUGAAUGAAGUGAAUAUAUGCAGAGAGGUCGCGGAUGGCCUACGUAUAUAUUUCGAUUUUACGUUACCUCAUCUUCUUUUGUACAGACAAGAAAAGGAACAACAUAAUUCCUUGAAAUUUUCUUUGCUGAGUAAUGAAGAACCAAUUAGUAUCUCGAAGGAGGAACCAAUUGAUAUUUCAGAAAUACCUGCAAAAGAAGAUUUUGAAGAUACGGAAUAUGCUCAUUUGCCACCUUUUCAAGAACAUGAUUCAGAGAUGGAUACUACAAAUAAGCCAUCCAGCAAUUCUAAACGAAGACUGCGAUCAUGUCGUGUAAGUUCCGUUGAUGAAAGCCGGCAAUUAAGAUCUUACGACGAAGGAAAGCAAGAUGGUGGUAAUUUAUCAAGUAGCAUAGCAAGUACAAGUUCCCGUUGUUCUAGCCCGCGAGGUGUAACAUUAAGAAUGCCGCCUGUUGUUACAUCCGCUCAAGUAAAUACUUUACUUCAACAGUCGAAUAAAUGGAGGCUAAUGCCUCAAGUUUCAAAACAAAUCGAAACUCCGAGUCCUUCUACUUAUUAUGGUGCCAUUCAUUUAACUAGGUUAUUCGUUAAGUUACCAGAACUGUUACAAUCCACAGAUAUAUCGAAUAAAAAAUUGAAAGUACUUUUAAAAUAUCUUGAUAUGUUUUUAAGUUAUCUAGAAAUGCAUAGGGAAUGGUUUGGAGAACAAUUUUACAUGCAAAUAGAUAGUCGAAUAAUACCACAAACAAGUAAUAUUUAACAUUUUAGUACAAAAAUGACAAUUUUGUGACUAUUACUAUUUUUCUAUCGAAUCUUUUUAUAUAAUAUUACAUUAUGUGUUUGGACAAAAUUCAUGAUAAAUUGAAGAAUAACAAUAGUAA